GAAGAAAAAAACUUUAGUUCGACACUGUCCUAGCAGCAUCUCUAAAAUAUAUCGCGGCAACACUGGAUUCCCGGUAUUCGUGCACUUGGCGUCUAGGCACACUGUGUAUCCGCGCUUCCUUUCGCGUAACCAUUGUUUGGCUUCGCUGUACCGUCGAUGUAGGCAAGUCAUCGUUUUUGCAUUUUCGCGCUCAGACCGUACACUAAUUGGUACUGCUGAGCACAAUACCCCACAGGCUCUGCCUCCAAGACACAUCAAGCCAAGUGACAUGUCGGUCGCCUUCGCACAACAACAGAAAGGGCGGCAUAACCCAAGUCCAGCUCAGAUACAAAAGAUGCUGGAUGAAAAUAGCCAGUUAAUACAAGCCAUUGUCGACUAUCAGAACAAAGGGAAGGCUUCAGAAUGUCUGCAGUAUCAGCAAAUUUUGCACAGAAAUCUAGUCUACUUGGCAUCAGUGGCAGACGCUGGUCCUGUGGUGCAGGCAUCUAUUCCACCACCAUGUGGACCAGGAGGUCCUGAUCAAGGAGGCAGCCCUGCACCAGGUGGUCUCAUGCCUGGCCAACAGUCAUAUGGCCCAUCUAUGCAGUCACAGCAGCAAACAGCUCCAGGCGGGCCUGGAGCUGGACAGCAGCCUCCCAUGGGGGGCCAUGGGAUGUCGGGCUAUGGGCGAUCUGGGCCCCCUCCACCAUCCUCUGGUAUGGUCAGUCAGCAGCAGCCUAUGCCAGCACAGCAGCCGCACCACCAAUCGCCAAUGCAACACCAGCCAUCUUCACAGCAGCACCCUGCUAUGAACCAGCAUGGCCAACAACCACACAUGGGCCAACAACCAGGUGGCCAGCACAUGCCACAGCCGCCCUCGCACCCAUCAGCCAUGCAACCUGGCAUGGGCUCAGCACACCAGCCCAGCCAAGGCCACCAGAUGCCUCAGCAUGCCGCCAGUCCGCAGGGACCUGUUCAGCAGCAGAUGCAGGCUGCACAACAGCAUCCAUCACAACACGGUGGGCAACACCAGGGUCAGCAUCCAGGGCAGCACCCUGGUCAGCACCCUGGUCAGCACCCGGGUCAGCAUCCUGUUCAGCAUCCUGGCCAGCAUCCUGGCCAGCAUCCCAGUCAGCAGCAUCCUGGCCAACACCCUGUCCAGCAUCCAGUUCAGCACCCCAGUCAGCAUCCUGUCCAGCAUCCCGGCCAACACCCCAGCCAACACCCAGGACAGCACCCGGGUCCACAUCCCAGCCAACACCCUGGUCAGCAGCAGCCACAUCCUGGCCAGCCACACCCAGGACAGCACCCUAGCCAGCCACAUGCCUCUCAGGCCCAAAGUCAGCAUCUUGGCCAGCACCCAUCGCAACACCCUGUACCCCACCCAGCGCCACAUGGGGCACAACACCAGGCGCAGCAUUCCAACCAGGCACAGCAGCCACAGCAGCAACCCCAACAGCAGCAACAACAGCAUUCCUCGCCUCCUCCGGUGUCUUCGCCACCCAGUGGCCCAGGCACACCACAGCAGCAGGGGCCUUCACCUCCUUCCCAGCAUCACCCGCCAUAUGGCAGCCAGGGUUCACUGAAUCCGCCAAACCGAUCCAGUCCAACGCCUAACCAAAGCCCUGCUCCACCGUCAACCCUCUCUACUCAGAACUAUGCUCAGCAUGCAGCGCAUGGACAGCAGGGUGCUGCCAUGGGAUCACAGCAGCAUCAACCUAGUGGAGGGCCUGCCACCAGCCCGUACGGAGGCUACUCGCCACAGGUUGGCCCUUCCCAGACACCACCGCAGCAACGGCCACCUUCUCAGCCUUCCCCUGCCAGCACCCCGCACCCGAGCAGCCCGUAUCCAGGCCACAAGAUGGCUGCUCAGAGUGGCUAUCCUGCGACUCCUUACCAGGCAGCUGGGUCACCUGGCUUUCCAGGUGCCCCACCUGCAGGAGCAGCAGGGGCUGCUCCCCCUGCAGCUGCCUACCCAGCCACAACAUCCGCUUCUGCUGGCUAUGCACAAUAUAGCCAAGGCUACCCGCAAGGCUAUGGCGUGGCUUACGGCUAUGGGCCAAGUGGAGGCUACCCACAGGGAGGUGCUUACAUCGGUGCCUACCCACAGGGUGGCACAGCAGCACCGCUGCGCUACGCUGCAGGGUACCCUGGCUAUGGUCACUACCGGGCUCCUCAGCCAGCUGGUCAACAGGCUGCUGCUUAUGGUGCCUAUGAGCAACAGGGUUAUCCUCCUGGUGCCUACUCUCAGGCUCAGUGAGCUUGCAGAAGGAGCCAUAGUGACAUCAAAAAAUGGGAAAACCCUCUCUACUCAUUGGAAUUCUGAGCUCCAAUGAGCAGUGUAAGAGCCCCAGUGCUCAUUCCAAGAAUUACCAUGAGAUGGGCUACCACAGACAUUUGUCUGUGCAUGUAACUCCCAGCAGACAUUUAGGUCUUUUUUUUUCUUUUUUUUUCUAUCUCCCAUUGAACAUCAAGUUUCCUUACAUAGCUCAUCUGAGUUCGCUGUGUAUAGUAGUUUGUUUUACCUGGCUGUUGCAUUGUGGCCGUCCAUGCACAAUCUCUGUCAUGACUGUGCGAUGCAUAUAAGUGACACACAUAGGACUAGAAUUCAGCUAAAGAGAGUUCAUGUCCAUUCUUCAGCGUGUGAAGAUGGCAGCUUAGAUAUCGUAUAAUGUAAAAAAAAAAAGAAAAUUGUGCUAAAUGUUGGUGCAUGUAUGACAGUUGUAGCUUUUCCACACAACUUGCAGUCACGCAUCACUUAUUACGUAUGUUGAAAGGUGUGCUUUUGAGCUUAGUGCUCCAACGUAAGUGGACUUUCAUUUUUAUAAUUUUUCAUAUACAAGGACUGUAUUUACCUCACAGUUCUGAAAAGUGGACAUUUUAUCGAGACUCCUGCUGUUUUUUGGUGGGCGUUAACAUUUCUAAAAAGUGGACGUUUUGAGACGAUUGUGAACAUUCUUGUGGCCUGAAGUACAUGGUCACCUCUUAGUGCAUGCAAUUCAUUUACAACAUAUUUGCGACUUUCUUUUUCUUGUAUGAAUAGUGUGAUCGACUACAUUAUGUACACUUGUGCAUGUAAUAUUCUUGCGUAUGGGAGUGUGUAGGAAGGUUUUUAUUGCUUUUAUCUAGGAAUAUUGAAGCAGUGGUGAGCUCAAUAUUGCUCGUACUAUAUUGUGUUGCAUAGUGGUAAGCAAAGUUUGGGCCACCUGUGUUGAUAUGUAGGGGUGUGCGAAUACAGUGCAGUCCACUUAUAACGAUAUCAAGAAGAACAACAAAUCUGAUCGUUAUAACCAAUCAUCGCUAUAUCUGGACUGCUGUAAGAAAAAAAAAUGGCUGCCGAACAUACCUUCGUAGCUUUGAAACCAAAUUUGCCACUUUCAAUAAAGAAUUGAUGUAGAAAGAAGCCUGUCAAGCGUUAGGCGCGCUGAUGUAGGCAGAUACCUGCGCUUGUUUUCGCGGAAGUUUCAGGUUCACAACCCCUGUGUGCAUCGUGUCCAGAGACUGCAUGAACAGUGGCAUCUAUAAUUUAGCAUGCAUGAAAUCAGUGAGCGACUCUAUCGACAACAGUGCACUUUGCGUGAACAUUGGGGUCGGUUUCAAAGACAGGCCACCUCCAACCUUGUCGCCUCUGGCGGAGAUUCUUUGCAGACAAGGAGGCUUUCGGCAGACAAGGAGGCAGACACAGAGGCUUCGCAGACAAGGAGACAGCGCCACCUAUUUUAUCAGCACCUAUCGAAGCGCCACCUAUUUUAUCGCCAGUAGCAACGCGCUCCCACAGUCCAGCAAUGUCCGGCUGCCACCAUGUUGUUUUCACGCAUGGGGGUUUUGCCCUAGCGCACAAAGCCCACCGUUUCCAUUCAACACUGUCACUGGUUCUAGCCUUCAUGAUCGUGGCGCUCGCGGUUUUAGUAAUUGUCUAUAUCAUGGACUGCGUGAGUCUUGAAAAAUUUGCAGCUUUGUCCCGAGCGACACAGCUUUGCACUUUGUCGGCACACCGGCUGCUGCUACUGCGGUGCAUUUCCGUGCUCCUUGAGGAAGAGAGGAAGUGUAGAAAGGAAGCACAGGCGUGAUUUGCUUCUCGCUUUUUUUUCUCCCUCUCUCUGGACGCUCACCGCAACACAGACGUGGAGCAGCUGGCACCAGCUUGUGGCAUGCCGCACCAACUUGCGAUGCUCUGAAUCGGCGCGCUCAUAGAGUUUCAUAUUAGUGUACCUAGA